AUGGGCGCCGACGACUACAUGACCAAACCGUUCAGCAUGAGGGAGCUGGUCGCGCGGGUCAAGGCGAUGCUCCGGCGUGCCGAGUUGAGUCCCGCAUCGACCAACGUCAGGGGAGUCAUCACGUCGGGCGACCUUAGCAUCGACGUGGAAGCGCGGAAGGUCUCUCUCGGCGGCGUUCCCGUCAAGCUGAAGCCGAAGGAGUUCGACCUGCUGACACUCUUCGCCGGGAACCCCGGCAAGGCGUUCACACGGGACGAUAUCCUCGACAGGAUGUGGGGUGGCAAGGACAACAUAGACCGGCGGACCGUGGACGUGCAUGUCCGCUGGAUUCGACAGAAGCUCGGAGAGGGUGACGGCGCGCCCCGCAGGAUCAUCACGAUUCGGGGGCACGGUUAUCGGUUUGAGGGAUGA